GCCUGCUUCCUCGUAAAAGAGAUUGUGUGAGUGUCAGUACUGUGUGUGUGGGUUUGUGAGACAACCAAGGAGGUAUACCGUACAAGAGGAGAUCUCAACAGCGUGAUAACAAUCUCCAGGCACUGGGGCUCACAAUCUGUAGCCCCCCCUCCUCUCGCAGCCCCUUCUCUGCCCUACUCUCCGGCUCCUUUCGUCUUUGAUGAGUUUUUGGCUCACUUUUUGGCGGAGUCUCUUGGACAUAUUCUGCUCUUGCUGGAGGAUCAAAUAAAUGGAACCCUUGAAAGUUGAUUAUUUUUCUCUUAUGUGACAAACACCCACACAGAGAGCGCGAAGAGGAAAGGAAAUUAGAGUGGUGUAUGACCAGCUAGAGGAUUUAAAUUUUUCUUGGUGAACUUUGAGGAUCCACUGAGAAGAAACCAAAUGAAGUGUUUACUGUCACUAUCUCUAUUUGAUGAAGAGGAUACUGAGGCUCAAAGAGACUUAAUAACUCAUCGAAGAUCAUCUAAUGCUGAGUAAUCAAGAGUGAGUGCCAUGAAUGAACAAAGACCAGCCUGGACCAGCAUAUUUUUGAAAGGAUAAGCCACAGGGUAGUAGAAAUGAUUCACUUGAUUGCAAGCCUGAAUGUUUACCCAGACAGAGUGGAGCUGAAGAAGUUGGAGCUUCUGUUGACACUCUAAACUCAUGAAUUACCAAAGGGACAAAGAAUAAUGCAUGUAAUUUGACACAAUGGAGACAUCCUGACACCUCUUCAAAAUCUCAGUAAAUUAACUGGAUUCAAGCUUGGCAAACAGGAAAACUGGUACAUAGACAACUUGUUACAGCCAACCACCCACCAGAGGCAGUGAAAAAAAUUAAUAGGGCAAAGGCAUAUGUGAACAAAUCAGCAGCAGUAGCUCAAUACACUAGCAAACACCAUUCAUGAAUCAGCAAGUACAGUUUGAUCCAGAAGAAACUGUGAGGUUCUGCCAAUUGUCCUGAGUGUGCAGAAUUGACAAGGAGAUUCAGGAAUAUUAUACAAGUACUUUGGUGUGAAGAAACAUCACCAGUAGAGAUCCAUAACAUGUAUAUUACUUUUGUGAAUUCUCUCAGGAAGAGAAAAACCAGAUAGACACCCUUUAAGGUUGGCAAAUACAUUCCUUAUUUACUGCAUAGAGACCCCAAUGGAGAACAAGACUAUUUGAACUCCAGAAGGACCAACACCAGAUAAAUUAUGAAUGUUGAACAAGAUGACCUUACAUCCACAGCAGAUAAUGAUAGGUCCUAGGUUUAACAGGGCCCUAUUUGACCCCCUGCUUGUGGUGCUGUUGGCUCUUCAACUUCUUGUGGUGGCUGGUCUGGUUCGGGCUCAAACCUGCCCUUCAGUGUGCUCCUGUAGCAACCAGUUCAGCAAGGUGAUUUGUGUUCGGAAAAACCUUCGUGAGGUUCCUGAUGGCAUCUCCACCAACACUAGGCUGCUGAACCUUCAUGAGAACCAAAUCCAGAUCAUUAAAGUGAACAGCUUCAAGCAUUUGAGGCACUUGGAAAUCCUCCAGUUGAGCAGGAACCAUAUUCGAACCAUUGAAAUCGGGGCCUUCAAUGGUCUGGCGAACCUCAACACUCUGGAACUCUUUGACAAUCGUCUUACCACCAUCCCGAAUGGAGCUUUUGUAUAUUUGUCUAAACUGAAAGAGCUCUGGUUGCGGAACAACCCUAUUGAAAGCAUCCCUUCCUAUGCUUUUAACAGAAUCCCUUCUUUGCGCCGCCUAGACUUAGGGGAAUUGAAAAGGCUUUCAUACAUCUCAGAAGGUGCCUUUGAAGGUCUGUCUAAUUUGAGGUAUUUGAACCUUGCCAUGUGCAACCUCCGGGAAAUUCCUAACCUCACGCCGCUCAUCAAACUAGACGAGCUAGAUCUUUCUGGGAACCAUUUGUCUGCAAUCAGGCCUGGCUCUUUUCAGGGGUUGAUGCACCUUCAAAAACUGUGGAUGAUACAGUCGCAGAUUCAAGUGAUUGAACGGAAUGCCUUUGAUAACCUUCAGUCACUAGUGGAGAUAAACUUGGCACACAACAAUCUAACAUUACUGCCUCAUGACCUCUUCACACCCUUGCAUCAUCUAGAGAGGAUACACCUUCAUCACAACCCAUGGAACUGUAACUGUGACAUCCUGUGGCUCAGCUGGUGGAUAAGAGACAUGGCCCCCUCCAACACAGCUUGUUGUGCCAGGUGUAACACUCCUCCGAACCUGAAAGGGAGGUACAUUGGAGAGCUGGACCAGAAUUACUUUACAUGUUAUGCUCCUGUAAUUGUGGAGCCCCCCGCAGACCUCAAUGUCACUGAAGGCAUGGCAGCUGAGCUGAAAUGUCGGGCAUCUACGUCCCUGACUUCCGUAUCUUGGAUUACUCCCAACGGAACAGUCAUGACCCACGGGGCAUACAAAGUGAGGAUAGCUGUGCUCAGCGAUGGUACUUUAAAUUUCACAAAUGUAACUGUGCAAGACACAGGCAUGUAUACAUGUAUGGUGAGUAAUUCUGUUGGCAACACCACUGCUUCUGCCACCUUGAAUGUUACUGCGGCAACCACUACUCCAUUCUCGUACUUUUCAACUGUAACAGUAGAGACUAUGGAACCUUCUCAGGAUGAGGCACGGACCACAGAUAACAAUGUGGGCCCCACUCCAGUGAUCGAUUGGGAGACUACCAAUGUAACCACAUCUCUUACGCCACAGAGCACAAGGUCGACAGAGAAAACAUUCACCAUCCCAGUGACUGACAUAAACAGCGGAAUCCCAGGAAUUGAUGAGGUCAUGAAAACAACCAAAAUCAUUAUUGGGUGUUUUGUUGCCAUCACACUCAUGGCUGCCGUGAUGCUGGUCAUUUUCUACAAGAUGAGGAAACAGCACCAUCGGCAAAACCACCAUGCUCCAACAAGGACUGUUGAAAUCAUUAACGUGGAUGAUGAGAUCACUGGGGACACGCCCAUGGAAAGCCACCUGCCCAUGCCUGCGAUUGAGCAUGAGCACCUAAACCACUAUAACUCUUACAAAUCUCCCUUCAACCACACAACAACAGUAAACACAAUAAAUUCAAUACACAGUUCAGUGCAUGAACCGUUAUUGAUCCGAAUGAACUCUAAAGACAAUGUACAAGAGACUCAGAUAUAAAACAUUUACAGUUACAGAAAACAAACAAUCAAAAAAAGACAGUUUAUUAAAAAAAUGUCACAAAUGACUGGGCUAAAUCUACUGUUUCAAAAAAGUGUCUUUACAAACAAAAAACAAAAAGAAAAGAAAUUUAUUUAUUAAAAAUUCUAUUGUGAUCUAAAGCAGACAAAAUUAUGUGUAUUCCUCAGAACCUGUUUUUGCUGCACUUACUAUUUUCCCACACCUCCUCUCUCCCCUCCCCGAUUGCCAUAUUUUUCAUAGAUAUCAACUCCCCAAAGAACUGGUCUAGGAAAUUUUGUAAGAAUUCUGUUACACUUUGAGAUUUUUAUGGUGAAUUCUAGUGGUGAGAUCCAGUCUAUUUUGUCUCUUACUCUUUCGAUUUUUUCUUCAUUAUUUUCUUUUUCCUUCAUGCCCUUAUGAAAUAGUCCAAUGGGGAAUGCAAUAUUAGAAAUAGAUUUUUAAGAAAGAAUGAGGAAAUCUGCAAGAUCUUAUAUUUUUCAUGUAAUGACCUGUUCUGUAUUUACGAGGAGGACAUUCUGUGGAGAAAGAAAAAAAAAGUAAGCAAACAACAGAUUAAUUUACAUAUGAGCAUCUAUAAAACCCAUGACUUUUAAAAAAAAUCCUCUAGAACCAGAAUUUGUAGUUCAAAAGCUUAAAAUAAGAUUAUAAAUAAAAUAUUGUUGGUUUUUCUG